AUUUGUUACCGGCCUCGCCCGGUGGACUUCGGACUGGCGGCCGGAGGAAGCAGCUGGAGCCGCACUAUGGCCAAGUUCCUUUCCCAGGACCAAAUCAAUGAGUACAAGGAAUGCUUCUCCCUCUACGACAAGCAGCAGAGGGGGAAGAUCAAGGCCACUGACCUCCUGGUGGCCAUGAGGUGCCUGGGGGCCAGCCCGACGCCAGGGGAGGGGCAGCGGCACCUGCAGACGCACGGGAUAGACAGAAAUGGAGAGCUGGACUUCUCCACGUUCCUGACCAUAAUGCACACACAAAUGAAACAAGAAGACCCGAAGAAAGAAAUUCUUCUGGCAAUGCUGAUGGCUGACAAGGAGAAGAAAGGUUUCAUCAUGGCGUCUGAGCUACGGUCAAAGCUCAUGAGACUAGGGGAGAAGCUUACCCACAAGGAAGUGGACGAUCUUUUUAAGGAAGCAGGUAUUGACCCAAACGGCCAAGUGAAGUACGAUGAAUUUAUCCAGAAGAUCACCCUUCCUGUGCAAGACUACUGACUGAGCAGAGUGCCACGGUCCCCGUCAGGGGCCCGAAGACCAGGAUGGAUUUUAUCAACUGUCGUUUUCACUCCGGGAGGUGGCAACAAGAUGAUAUGGCCUCAGUAGCAAUAAAUGAUCUUAGCCAUGGUA